AUGUUUCGCUCUUCUUUAUUUAGCAAUCUUCUUUCAAGACAAGUUUUACUUAAUUCAGCAAUUGGCGUCAAAGAUAAUGUAGUUACUGUUACUACUGAUUACGAUUAUACCAAUCUUCUUAUUUUUCUUAAAAACUAUCCGGAAGUAGAUACUUUAAUUUCAAUAUCGAAUAUUGUUCCUAGUUAUUAUCCUAUUAACCGCAUCAAAGUAUCAACAAUUAAGAUUCAAGGAUCUGCUAAUUCAGUCCCAAGCGGUUUUCUCAUAGGAAACAGAUAUGUUAAAUCUGUAGAACUUUCUAAAAAUGUUACAUCAAUAGGCCCUGGCUGUUUCAAGAAUUCUGCAAUUCAGAACAUUACUAUUGACGGUAACAUCUCAUCUUUAGGAGAAGGUGCAUUUUACGGCUGCUCUUCUCUCACAGAGUUAUCGAUCAUGACAAAAACCAUUCCAAAUACAUUCGCUGCUAACUGUUUCAAUUUAGCAAAAAUCACAAUUUCCGAAGAGUCAAUUACGAUUGGCAGUAGUGCAUUUGCUUACUGCUACUCACUUGCAGUCUUUAGUUUUUCAAAGGUUACUUCGAUCGCUGACAAAGCAUUCCAAUUUUCCGGUCUUAAUAACGCUACUUUCCCUGCUUCCGUUGAAUCCAUUGGUGUUUCAGCGUUCGCAUACUCCAAGAUUGACGCGUUUACUCUUGAAGGAAGUAACGUUUCGAUCGGAGAUUACGCAUUCCAAGGCACGCAACUUACAGAAGCCAAAUUAACAAAUGUUCCAAGACUUGGUAAAGGUAUCUUCACAGAAUGUCCAUCCCUUGAAUCGAUUGAAACAGGUGUUAUCGAAAUUCCAGAAGAAUUCGCCAGUUACUGCACUAAAUUAGAGAAAGUUACAGCUAAUUCAGCAUAUAUCAUUGGUGUAAGGUCAUUCUAUAACUGCAUUAAGCUUGAAUCAAUAACUCUCAAUGACAAUGAAACAACAAUUAAAAAAGAAUGUUUCAUGUUUUGCGAGAAACUCGAUUUUGCUUUCAAAGAAAACCAAAUUUACACAAUUUCUGAUUACGCGUUCAGCUAUUGUUCCAAACUAAAACUUCCUUCUCUCCAUGAAAACACUACUGUUGGCAAUUACGCGUUCAUUGGAUGUGACAAAAUCGAAGAACUCACAAUCAACUGGGGAUUGACGUCAUUUGGUAUUUUCAUGGGUUGUAAGAACCUCGAAACUGUUACUUACACGUAUAACUCAUCAACUGAUGUCAAUGUAUUACCUGAUUACACAUUCUGCAACUGUUCAUCAUUAUCAGAAUUCAUUGACAAAAGUGUUUUAUCAAGUGUAAACAGUUAUGCGUUUGCAAGUACAAACAUCAAAGAAAUCAACUUAUUUAAUGCUUUCAUUGCUAAUUACGCAUUCGCUGAUGGUAGUCUUAAGAAGAUUACUCUUGCAGGUGUUUCUUCAUCACAAACAGAUGCUUUUUAUAACUGUGACAGUUUGAAGACAAUUGUAUUCAGUAAAAUAGCUGAUCCUGCAGGUGUAAAUGCAAUUAAUUUCGCUAAUUUGACAUUAGAUGAAAUCUCCAUUGAAGAAGGACAUGAAUCAUUGAACAUAUCUAAUGGUUUGUUGACAUAUGGCAAUGAUACAUUAGUUCUUGUUACUCCACAAUUCACAAAGAGUGAAUUAAGAAUUCCUGAGUCUGUAACAUAUAUAAAUCAUGAAGCUUUUAUUACUAAUAGAUACAUUAAGAAGUUAUAUAUUCCUUUCACGGUUUAUAUUGUUGACUCAUCGAAUAUUAUUCAUUCAACUUCAAUCGAGAAACUCGAAAUCUCAUUUGAUUCAAACGCAACAUUUUACAUGGGAGUCAGAGACAACAAGAAAUUGAAGUUCAUCAAUAUCAGUACACAGUUUGAUAAAAUUGGUGAUAAUUCAUUCAGCAACAACGAAAAUCUUGAAGAAGUUGUUUUGCCUUCCACUAUAACAGAAAUCGGAAACUACGCGUUCAACAUGUGUCCGAAACUGAAAACGAUUAACAUCGAAAAUGUUUCAGUGUUUGGAGAAUACGCGUUCAACGGAACAGCCCUUAAAACAUUUGAUUUCAGUAAAAUGAUCAGUCAAACAGUUCCUGCUGGUAUAUUAGGAUUUUGUUCGAAUCUCAAGGAAGUAAAAGGAACUUCAAACAUCACAACUGUCGAUGAAUACGCGUUUUCUCAUUGCGAAUCAUUGAAGAAAUUCGAGUCUUCUAUUUUGUAUAACAUUAUGUCGAAUGCUUUCGAAUAUUGCACGAGUUUAAAGGAGAUUAAUUUCAAGACUAUCGAAUACAUUUAUCCUCACGCUUUCACUCAGUGCACUUCCCUUAAAUCUGUUGAACUUACAACAACAGUAAACUUCCCAUUGGAUGCAUCUGAAAGUUCAUCAUUUGCAUUCAGUUUCUGCACUUCCCUUAAAUCCAUUGAUCUCACAGGUCUAAACAUCAUUCCUGUCUCUCUUUUCUAUGGAUGCUCCAGUUUGAAAGAAGUUACUUUCAGUUCUGGAUUGAUUGAGAUUGGAAGUUUCGCUUUCUCCGGCUGCGGAUUCAAGGAAAUAACUAUUCCAGAUAGUGUUACAUUGAUUGGCAGCAAUGCCUUUGGUUCCAACUCCAAACUAAAGACAGCAACAAUAGGAAAAGGAACACCAAGUUUCGACAAUUCUUGGUUCGCUCCAGCAACUCAAACUAUUAAGAUUAUCAUUCCACCUUCAAUUAAAAACAUUGGAAGCACUGUUUUCACUAGUAUGGACAAUGUUAAGAUUGAGUUUUCAUCAGAAAACAAUUACUAUGAUUACCAAGACCAAACAUUGAUUGGUAAGAUUAAAAAGAACUUAGUUACAACUGUAGGAAAAUUGGGCAAAGUUUACGAAGUUCCAGAACAAAUCAGAGUGAUUGAUUCCAAUGCAAUUAAGCGUGAUACAAGUGAUGAUUCCAGUUCAUCUGAAGAACUAGAUCUCUUAGUACAAUCCGAUGGAAUUGCAAGAGCUGCAAUUAUCAAGAUUCAAUCGAACAUUUCUACAUUCGGAUCAGUUGAUUUCACUGUACAAAGUAUGUGCUAUGAAGGUGAAUAUUAUCUAGGAGAUUCAUUGACAACUUCUUCCUCUUCGUCUAUUACAACAAUUUAUAAUAGCUAUGCUUCUGAGAAUUACCUUUAUAACGUACUAUUUGGAUCAGAAAAUGCAGGACCAAAAUGUUCAACAAGUCUUUCUGAUUCCUUCAAAUGGAGACAUAUUGUUGGAAUGAGUAGUGCAGAGAUCGGCCUCACAGUUGCAUUCGUAAUAGUUCUAAUUGCACUGAUUGUACUAGUCAUUCUCUAUUUCGUAUUCCCAUUCAGUAAGUGUUCAUCUAAAGGUGAAGAAGCAUAA